AUGGCUUCCGCCAAGUUCGGUGCUGUCGCGCAGGUGGAGAACCGAGGCGCGCUGUCGAAAAGGUCACGCAACGACGUGUCUGUAAGGGAGGGGGACUGGAAUUGUCCUCAGUGUGGUAAUGUCAACUUCAGUUUUAGAAAUGUUUGCAACCGUGGAGCCUGUGGUGCACCCCGUCCAUCACCGAGUCCAAGUCCUAGAAUGAUGCCAGCACCUCCUGCUGCUGGAUAUGACCGGUCACCUCUAUUUUACGGAGGAGGUGGUGGCGCCCCACCUCCAAUUCCGCUUGGAUCUGGUAGCUAUGGUGCUCCAUAUCCACACCUUGGGAUGCGAUAUGGUUAUGGUCCACCAGUAGGAGCUCCUGGUUCAUAUGGCCUUUUCUCGUCAUAUGGUCAACUUGGGCCAAUGAGUGGUAUGGGAUAUGGCCCAGGACCUGAGCUGGGCCGAUAUAGCUAUGGGUUUAGAGGUUCUCCAAUGCCGGUUUCUAGCCCAUGGUCUGGUGGAGCAUUAGCUGAAAACAAUGACAACAUUGCUUCAAGAAAGCGCCGUGGAGGCCCUGAUGGACUUUCUGAGGGUGACUGGACCUGCCCCAAAUGUGACAACAUUAACUUUUCCUUCAGAACCACUUGCAACAUGAAGAAAUGUGGAGCCCCGAGGCCAACUCCUGGAGGUAACACGAGCUUGUCUCGCAAGGACAAUAGCAAUAAGGAAGCCCCUGAAGGAAGCUGGACCUGCCCAGAGUGCAACAACCUGAACUACCCAUUCCGCACGGUAUGCAACAGGAAAGGAUGCUCGUACAGCAAGCCAACCCCGACGAAUAACUGA